UUUGCUCGUGAAUCGAACACAACGCAGGUGCAUGUUUGUUUUCCCGUCGACGCUGAAAAGGAAACACUGUGACCUGCCUCAUGCCAAAAUUAUGUAAAUGCAAGUUAUGACCACAACUUGUUAAGUGAACUCGAGAAGGCUAUAUUUUAGUAUAUCUGCGUGUCAUGACACUCGGCGUAACCUAUUUCCACUCUGCGAACCAACACCAGAGAAAGCCUUUGUGAUGCACCACAAUGAUGAAGGAAGGUGAAGAGCAGUCAGAGAUGCUCAGCAGUGGGUUCACAGUUAUGGUGCUAUAGCCUGCUCAGCCAAUCACACUCUCGUAUGUAAAUAGACAGGAAUGACUCUUUGCUGAUUGGUCCUCCCCAGACUUGCCACUGCCCUCAUCAACUGACUCUCUUCCUUGUUGUUGUUGUUAUGCCAUCAUUGAGGUCCUGUGUGUGGGCGCAGGGAGGGGCCAAGCGUCUCUUUCUAUAGGCUUUUCUGUCUCUGCCAGGAGAGGCUGAGAGGAAGAGAAGGACGAGUGGGCGGGAACUAGGCACAGGCUGGAGUAGAGCAUCCCUGACCGAGGCUCGGCUAACGGCUAGAAAAGCGCCUCCAGACUGAUGCUGAGUCAGGUACAGGUGGAGUCACACCCUGUUUGGCUUGGACCCUCCAGAAAUCAUGGAGGAGCUGGAACAUACCUGUCCACUGCCACGAACGACUCUUAUAGAACCAGCCAUAUUUACCCCCGAGACGAGUUGUGAGUGUCGGGCACCACACGAGAAGCUGACUGUAGAGCAAGCUCGACUCGGAACGCCCGUGGAUCGGCCUGUGCGAAUCUAUGCAGAUGGCAUCUUUGAUCUUUUUCAUUCUGGUCACGCUCGCGCCCUGAUGCAGGCUAAAAAUCUGUUCCCUAAUGCCUACCUUAUAGUUGGAGUAUGUAGUGAUGAACUCACUCACAAGUUCAAGGGCUUCACCGUAAUGGCUGAAGAAGAGCGGUACGAGGCGUUGAGACACUGUCGCUACGUUGAUGAGGUUUUGCGUGAUGCACCCUGGACUCUUACCCAAGAAUUUUUAGAAAAACACAAGAUUGACUUUGUGGCACAUGAUGACAUCCCAUACUCCUCUGCUGGAUCUGAGGACGUGUACAAGCAUAUUAAGGAGGCAGGUAUGUUUGUGCCCACUAAAAGGACAGAAGGGAUCUCAACGUCUGACCUGAUCACCCGGAUAGUGAGAGACUAUGACGUGUACGCAAGACGCAACUUGCAGAGGGGCUACACCGCUAAAGAACUGAAUGUCAGUUAUAUUAAUGAAAAGAAGUACCGCCUGCAGAAUCAGGUGGACAAGAUGAAAGAGAAAGUGCGGACAGUAGAGGAGAAGUCCAAGCACUUUGUAUAUAGAGUGGAAGAGAAGAGCCAUGAUCUUAUCCAGAAGUGGGAGGAGAAAUCACGAGAGUUCAUUGGGAAUUUCCUGGAGCUCUUUGGUCCAGAUGGGACAUGGCAGAUGUUUCAGGAUCGUAGUGGACGUAUGAUCCAGGCUUUAUCACCGCGCGGUUCACCCAGCAACAGCCCACCAAGGGAAUUUUCCCCAUCCCGCUCACCGUCACCCCCCUCCCGCUGGGCCAUGCCCAGAACCUCGCCACCCUCAUCCCCGAAGGGUGCUUCAGCUUCCAUCAGCAGCAUGAGCGAGGGUGACGAAGAUGAGAAGUGAGAAGUGGCCCAUAACACACAGAUAAUAGACUGCACUUUACCCAUACACGUCACAUACAUAACACACACUGGCAGCAAUGACAGGUCAACUACCCUCAUGGGAAAAAUUUUAAGUACUGUACACAGCACAGGGUUGUUUGAAGUCCUGUUUAGCUAUGCUGGUAUUACAGCAAAUAUCUGAAAGCCAUUGCAGCCCUGAACAGAUCCUGAGAGGAGAUUUAGAAAACAGAGGGGGGAUUCACUGAAUAAAUUGUGGCCACUGUGUCUGUGUGUAGUUUUCGCACCCAAAUCACUAAAAAUGAAUGCAAAUCACCAGGGAUAUCGGUAUCACAUUGGUAUUUGGAAGACAUAUUAGAGGUUUUUUAAUUUAAUGUGCUCAUUUCCCCAAUUUUUACAUUGAAAUGACCUUUGUCAUCAUCUAACGCAACUUAAAGUUCACAUUUAAACACAAUAAUUUACUAACUGUUUAAUGUAAUCUCAAAAUAAAUGUCCAUUUGUCAUACUGUACAUUAUAAUGUUAGUUCAGUUUUAUUAAUUUAGACAAAACAUAGUUUAGCAAUAUAAAAACUAUACAAAAUGAAGUAUAGAUUAGAAUCUUAAUAUCUGCCAUUUCAGUUAUCGGCCAUAACAAGAAAAAAAAAAAUUUGCUUUUUGUAAGCUUACUUUAAUUAGGUUAAUAACAGAGUAGUGACCAAAAAAGUGUGGUUAGUGAAAUAGACAGAUUUUUGCACUGAAAUAUUGUGAGCAAAAGUGCCACAACUUUAGUGAAUUCGCCCCAAACGUUUAAAAGGAUGAGAACUGAUUCUGCCGUCUCUUGCUCAGGUCUGAUUGGAACAUUGGGACUGCCCUACUGUAACAUAUUGUACGUAACCAAUCCCUGUUCCUUGUUUUCAAGGAAAAUGAUGUCUGAUCCACCUCAUAAAUAUGUAUCAGUGCACCAAUGAGGAGGCUGCUAGCGUUCACUAAACUGUCUGUGCAUGAAUGUGUUCUCAUUAACAGUCAUUCACUUGUGUUACUGCAGCCUUAACCUCGAAAUAAAGCAAUUUCUCUUUGGUACGAUCAAGAAUUGUCUUAAAAAUAAUACAUCCAAAAGGUCUAGUAGCUUUUAGAUAAGUGGUAAUUCAAACUGAGGGGCUAAAAUCAUGAUAAUGAGGGAUAUCACAUUAAAUCUGUGCUGCUUAAUCUACAUCAUGUAAUUCCUCCUGUCUUGUCUAGUUAUGCCAUUAUAUGUAUGCAAGAGCCACGUCAAUUUACAUAAUCUGUACUCUGUAAAAAUCCUUUUUUGGUUUGUAUGUUUUCUUUUACAUUAAAACUGGCUUAAAAUGUAAAUAAUAAACCGGGAAACAGAA